AUGGCUGGUUCAUCUAAAACUGCGUCGUUUUCUUAUCAAUCGACCUCUAUGGUCAUGCUAAACGUGAAGCCUGGUCAAAAUAUGAUUCUCGAUCUCACCGCCUCACGCUACAAUGAAGCCCUAAGGCCGAUGGUGGAGUGCUUGCGUUUCUCGCCACUGGCUCAAGCUUUGACCAUGGCAGAAUCCAUUCCUCUCAUCCAUCUUUCGAAUGCGUAUUCCUCUACUUCUUUCAUCCAAGCUAAUGAUGUGAUUACCUUUGAGGUUGCUUCAUGUAAGAUCUCUAUUACCAAAGAUCUUUUCUACAGAAUACUAGGGUUUGGUUAA